ACUAGCGUUGUUUCUUUUAGAUGUAAUGUAACGUUGGUUGAUAUGAGAACAACCAAAUUCUCUCACAUGUAACUUGUAUCCCAGAUUUUUACAUGAAAUUAAUAUAUACUAGGUACUCAGCCAAAUCAAUAGGUGUAUCUUUAUAUCAGGUAAAAAUUCCAAAUGGAAUCUACUACUGUAUUAUCCACACCAUUGACAAAUUUUUCAAUUGCUGCAAAUGGACCAAAUGACUUGCGGUUUUCUUGGAUUGAUUAUUCCUUUUUCACUAUCCUUUUGUCGUUUAGUACCUUAGUUGGUAUUUACCAUGGUUGUUUCGGCAAUAAACAAGCUACGACUGUUGACUAUCUACACGCAGGAAAGACUAUGAACUUUUUCCCAGUGGCAAUAUCACAAAUAGCGAGUCAUCUGUCUGGAGUAACAUUACUAGGAAUACCAGCUGAAAUGUAUACUCAUGGCACCCAGUACUGGUCGAGUGUUUUUACAAGUGCACCAUUAACUGUUUUAGUUGCAAUUUAUGUCACCUUGCCAGUUUUCUAUAAAUUGCAGUUGACUAGUUGUUAUGAAUAUUUGACAAUGCGAUUUGAUGCAAGACUAACAAAAAUCACAUCUAUUUUAUACCUCAUUGGUAUAUUAUCUCAUCUUCCAAUAGUCGUCUAUGUGCCAGCAUUGGCAUUUAAUCAAGUAAGUGGUCUUUCAAUGUACCUAACCACACCAAUAGUUUGUAUGGUGUGUAUAUUUUACACGACUGUUGGAGGAUUGAAAGCUGUAAUCUGGAGCGAUGCUCUUCAAUUUACUGUCACCUUCGCGACACUUGCAGUAAUAUUUGUACUAGGAACAUCAUCUGUAGGGGGAUUUGCACAGAUAUGGAAUAUUGCUUCAGAAAAUAACCGAAUAGAAUUUUUCAACAUGAAUCUCGAUCCUACAAUUCGAACGACCUUUUGGACUAUUGCAAUUGGCAAUAGCAUACCUUGGAUAAACAAUAACGCUUUUAGUCCAAUUUCUAUGCAGAAGUAUAUGGCUGUUCCUAAAUAUUCACAUGCGGUUAAGGUUAUUAUAAUAUUUGGAAUAGGAACAAUUAUAACCAAGUCUCUUUCCUGCUUUUCGGGAUUAAUGAUAUUUGCUAAAUAUCAUGAUUGUGAUCCUUUUCAAAGUAAGAAAAUUAUUAAGAAUGACCAGCUGCUCCCAUAUUUCAUCAUGGAUGUAGCAGGAAACAUUCCCGGAGUGGCAGGACUGUUUAUUGCGGGUGUUUUUAGCACUGCUCUGAGUACUAUGGCAAGCGGAUUGAAUACAACUGCUGGUACUAUAUACAAAAAUUUCAUAGCAAAUUGGCUGCCAAAAGAUACUUCUGAAAAGACUGCAAGCAAUAUUAUGAAAAUGAUUGUUAUUGUUACUGGAUUAAUCUGCUCUGGUUUGGUCUUCAUAGUUGAUAAACUAGGAGCAGUUUUGCAGGUAUCAAUGAGUUUUCAUGGAUUAACCACAGGAACACACAUGGGAAUUUUCCUUCUCGGUAUGUUCUUCCCAUCUGCAAACGCAACGGGAGCUUUCUGGGGUUCAGUUGCUUCAUUAACAUUAACUGCAAUACUUGUCUUUGGAGCACAAGUAUACACUUAUCAAGGAAAGAUGAAAAUUCCAACUUUGCCAGCUUCGGUAGAAGGUUGCAACCCACCACUUAACGUAACAAAUUUUAGCAAUCAAACAGUGACUCAGGCAGUUGCAAGCGGAGGCGACCAAGUUUUCUGGCUCUUUCGAAUUUCGUUUUAUUAUUAUCCUCUCAUUGGUGUUAUCCUUUGUAUUGUGUUGGGGCUUAUUAUAAGCCAUUUUACCAAGGACGAGAAAGAAAAAAUUGUUGACGCUGAUCUCUUUAAUCCAUACAUUUUACGUUUUAUAUCACGAAAGCAUUUUUCGACAACUCCAGUUAAAUACGCAUCUGCAGAGAAGGCAUUCCAAAUGACAGAAGUUCAAGAGAAUGUCAAAUGUACACCAGAAAAUAAAUAAGAAUACCAAAUAGGUUAGCUCUAUGAUAGAUACAAUAAGCAAAUAAUAAAUGUGGGUACCUAUAAUUUUAAUUUUUACUUAUUUCAUAAGUUAUAUUUAUGUUGUGAACCAAAGAUUGUUGACAAUAAUAAAUAUAUUGAUUAUUAA